GCGCUUCGAGCUGAACUGGCACAGCGACGUACACUGGAGUAUCUGCAAGAGGAGUUGCCGGUGCACCUGUUGAAAUGUUUCGGUCAUAAACGAUUUCGUCUCGGCAUCAGCACCCUAUUCCGAACUCUGCAGUAUCCAAAACUGAAUAAACAACUCUCUUAUGUGCUGCUGGAUGUGCUCGUGCAGAAGUUGUUACCGAUGGAAGAGGAAUUAUAG